AUGCUGCCAUCAGACGAGUGGUGGGUUGUCACCUUCUCGGUGUCGCCUGCCAUCGACACAAUCAAUGUUACGCUUGCUCUGCUGCAAAAGAGGUCGCUGCUGAUCGCGCAGCAGGAGGAUCAUAUUCAUGCAUUGAUCGAGGCUCUCACCAGCAUGUUCCAUAUUGAAAUUGAGCAGUCCGGUGAUACUGGGGCCGAGUACGUGGCAUUCCACUCGAUGCGUGUGCAUAUCAACGACAUUAUCGCUCACAUUGAGGAUCAAGGUUCGCUUGCUAGGGCAUGCUAUGAACGCCUAGACGAAGCAGCCAAGAAAGCGGUUGUUCGACAGAUCGCCGAUGCUCCACCUGUGUUACCCAGUCAGCUAGUUAGGCUGCGCCAUGGUGUGUUCUUGCGGGAUGUACUAGAUCCGUACCGCGAGCACAUCAGCAAACACUGGAAGAUCGACAAUGUCGACGGAAUUGAGGCCAACCACCGAGACUUACUGAAGGCGUACAACGCGGAUGAGACCCUGCGCGAGAUUAUUGACAAGCACACAGUUGCCAUCGAUUUCAACGAAGCCUGGGACUCUGUUUCAAACCGAUUCCAUCAACUGCGAUCCUUUUGUGGCGGACUGGCGACCGUGUUCGCUAACACCACCUCGGUCGAUUCGGAUUUCUCAAUUUUGAAAUGGGAAAUGGACGAUAACCGCACCAGCAUGAUGCACCUCUCACUGGAGGGUAUCUUCCAGGCUAAACAGCGAGUCAAGCUGCAGUUAUUGGUGCUCUAG